AUGGCAGAGAAAUACUUUUUUGGACAUGGACUAUAUGCCCAAUUAUCAUCCUACAAGGACGAGACCUACGUCCACAUCGAUGGCCGUAAUGGACGGAGCGCGAGUGUGACAGGUGCCGAGUUCCUGAGUGAAUCGUGCUCGCCAAAAACACCCACAGCAACACCAGGCCUACCUCCGAUAUCAAAAACCCCCACAGCAACACCAGGCCUACCUCCGAUAGCAAAAACACCCACAGCAACACCAGGCCUACCUCCUAUAUCAAAAACACCCACAGCAACACCAGGCCUGCCUCCGAUAUCAAAAACACCCACAGCAACACCAGGCCUGCCUCCGAUAUCAAAAACACCCACAGCAACUCCAGGCCUACCUCCGAUAUCAAAAACACCCACAGCAAAACCAGGCCUACCUCCAAUAUCAAAAACACCUACAGCAACACCAGGCCUACCUCCAAUAUCAAAAACACCUACAGCAACACCAGGCCUACCUCCAAUAUCAAAAACACCUACAGCAACACCAGGCCUACCUCCAAUAUCAAAAACACCCACAGCAAAACCAGGCCUACCUCCAAUAUCAAAAACACCCACAGCAACCCCAGGCCUACCUCCCAUAUCAAAAACACCCACAGCAACACCAGGCCUCCCUCCAAUAUCAAAAACACCCACACCAACACCAGGCCUACCUCCGAUAUCAAAAACACCCACAGCAAAACCAGGCCUACCUCCAAUAUCAAAAACACCCACAGCAAAACCAGGCCUACCUCCAAUAUCAAAAACACCUACAGCAACACCAGGCCUACCUCCAAUAUCAAAAACACCCACAGCAACACCAGGCCUACCUCCAAUAUAA